AUGCGUUUCAAUUCUCCUCUGGCGCUGACCCUGCUCGCUGGGACGUUGGCAAACGCGCUACCAGCCCCGCAAGAUGCACCUGUAGAUCCGUCCUCACUACCCACCUCGGCCUCGAGCGACCCUACGGUUGCUAGCGAGCAACUUGAUCAGCUGUUUUUGUUCGCUCAACAACAAGCCAACGAUGCCCUAGCAGCAAGUUCAUCGAAGAGAGGCACCUGCAACAAGAACACCGUGGCUGUGCGCCGAGAAUGGAGCGACCUGUCAAAAACAGACCGCAAAGCCUAUACCGAUGCAGUACUUUGCCUCCAACAGAAGCAAGCAAAGACACCUGCUUCACUUAUCCCAGGAGCGAAGUCGCGAUUCGAUGACUUUGUGGGUAACCACAUCCUCAAGACCAUGGAAAUCCACUAUACUGGUACGUUCCUAGCAUGGCACCGAUACUUCACUUGGCAGUACGAGCAAGCUCUUCGCAACGAAUGCGGCUACAAGGGCUACCAACCCUACUGGAACUGGGCAAAGACUGCUGCCAGUGGUCUAGAAAAGUCACCAAUGCUCGACGGAUCCGCGUACUCCAUGUCAGGCAAUGGAGAGUACAUAGCAGGUCAGGGCAACGUUGUUAUUGCUGGCAGAGGGCCACCCAUUGUUAUCAUCCCGCCCGGUACCGGAGGCGGCUGUGUAAAGGGUGGCCCCUUCAAGAACAUGAAGGUCAAUCUUGGCCCAGUUGCUUUGAGCACAACCAACGGAACCGAAAUCGCGAACGGCGACGGCCUCUCAUACAACCCCAGAUGUUUGACGCGCGACUUGACCGACUACAGCAACAAGAAGUGGGCCGAUGCGACCGCCAUUGCUGACCUGAUCAUCAACAAAAAGGACAUCUGGACCUUCGAGAUGGUGAUGCAAGGUGUGCCGGGAACAGACAGUCUAGGUGUACACGGCGGUGGUCACUACUCCAUGGGCGGCGACCCCGGUCGCGACUUCUUCGUAUCGCCUGGUGACCCGCUUUUCUACCUCCAUCACGCUAUGAUCGACAAAACUUGGUGGACAUGGCAGCAGCUUGAUACCAAGACCCGCGUGAAGAGCGAGAAGGGCGGUGUCUCUGGCACAGGCACGUUUUUGAACAACCCGCCUUCGGCCAACACGACCUUCGAUACUGUUAUCGACCUUGGAUAUGCUGCAAGUGGUUCAGAAAGGAUGGAGGACUUGAUGAGCACAACAGAGGGGCCCUUCUGCUACAUUUACGUAUAG